AUGUCUCCUCGUGGCAUUAUCCGAGAUGUUGUCAUCACCCCGGUGGCAUUUCAUGACAUGCCAUUGCUAAACAGCGUCGGCGUGCAUGAACCAUUUGCCCUGCGCAGCAUCAUUGAGGUAGUCACGGAUGACCAAGUCUACGGGCUGGGUGAAUCCUACGGCGACUCAACGCACCUCGGUCGCUUGCAGGCGGCUGCCGAUCAGAUCAAGACCAAGAACCUCACAAUCUACGACACGAAUGCCAUCUACCAAAUAUGCGUCAACUCACUAAAAGGCGACACCACCACUGGCGGCGACGGUAUGGCGGGCAUGGUGACAACCGCCUCCGUUGCCGACAAGGUCUUUUCCCCAUUCGAGGUCGCCUGCCUCGACAUCCAAGGCAAGUUUGCAGGCGUGCCCGUCAGCGAACUACUGGGCGGCCGCGUUAGAGACAACGUCCAGUACUCUGCGUACCUGUUCUACAAAUGGGCGGGGCACCCUGGAGACGCAGACGAUGAGUACGGCCCCGCGCUAGACCCGGAAGGCCUCGUGCGGCAGGCGAAGAAAAUCAUUGACGAAUUCGGAUUCAAGGCCAUCAAGCUCAAGGGCGGUGUAUACCCGCCGGCCCAGGAGGUCGAGGCAGUCAAGGCCCUGCAUGCAGCGUUUCCCGGGGUGCCCCUGAGGCUGGACCCCAAUGCCGCCUGGACUGUUGAGACUUCUAAGUGGGUUGCCAAAGAGCUCGACGGCAUUGUUGAGUACUUGGAGGAUCCUGCCCCCGAGAUCGAGGGUAUGGCAGCCGUAGCUAAGGAGGCCUCGAUGCCGCUGGCCACAAACAUGGCCGUUGUUGCGUUUUCACAUCUCCCGCCUUCCAUCCUCCAGAACGCGGUGCAGGUCAUCCUUUCAGACCACCACUUCUGGGGGGGCCUGCGCAAGUCCCAGACUCUGGCGGCAAUCUGCGCGACCUGGGGCAUGCGUCUCUCGAUGCACUCCAACAGCCACUUGGGUAUCUCGCUUGCGGCGAUGACCCAUCUAGCGUCGGCGACUCCCAACCUCGACUACGCUUGUGAUACCCACUGGCCCUGGAAGCCACGGAACGAGGAUGUUGUGAUUGACGGCGCGCUUACAUGGUCCGAUGGUGGUGUUAAUGUGCCAACAGCGCCUGGUCUGGGAGUUGAGCUUGAUAGGGAGAGGCUGGCUAAGCUUCAUCAGCAGUAUCUCGACUGCGGUUUGCGGAAGCGAGAUGAUACUACAUAUAUGCAGAAGUUCCAGCCGGAUUUCUCAGCGAAGAUACCCAAGUGGUAG